GGCAGCUCCGCCCCCUGCGUCUCUGGCCUCGCCGGUGUUGGGGGGGGAUGGUUCUAUCAUGGCGUCAAUGCAGAAACGACUACAGAAGGAACUGUUGGCUUUGCAAAAUGACCCACCUCCCGGAAUGACUUUAAAUGAAAAGAGUGUUCAAAAUUCAAUUACACAGUGGAUUGUAGAUAUGGAAGGUGCACCAGGUACCUUAUAUGAAGGGGAAAAAUUUCAACUUCUAUUUAAGUUUAGUAGUCGAUAUCCUUUUGACUCUCCUCAGGUCAUGUUUACUGGUGAAAAUAUUCCUGUUCAUCCUCAUGUUUAUAGCAAUGGUCAUAUCUGUUUAUCCAUUCUAACAGAAGACUGGUCCCCAGCGCUCUCAGUCCAAUCAGUUUGUCUUAGCAUUAUUAGUAUGCUUUCCAGCUGCAAAGAAAAGAGACGACCACCAGAUAAUUCUUUUUAUGUUCGAACAUGUAACAAGAAUCCAAAGAAAACAAAAUGGUGGUAUCAUGAUGAUACUUGUUGAUGCCACUGUUAUCAUCCUCCUAGCAGAAGAUAGUCCUACUGAGAAAAUGAGCACUUUGAUCAUUCAGUCUUUGAACUUUA